AUGCAUAAGCUAGGGUUUUCGGGCCUCAAGAGCUUGGAUCAAUUCAAAUCUUUAUCAGGAUCCAUCCCUGGAACCGCAAAAACCUUUUCCGUUCCUGGUCGUCCAUCUUCAGAUUCGAUCACAUUAGGAAGUUUUGCGAAUUUGAAGCUCACUGCAGAGAAAUUGGUUAAAGAGCAAGCGUCUGUGAAAACUGACCUUGAAAUGGCGAAUUCUAAGCUGAAGAAAUCAAUGGAGGAUAUCCAGAUAUUGGAGGAAAAGUUGCAGUACGCUCUUAAUGAGAAUGCAAAGCUCAAAGUGAAGCAGAAAGAGGAUGAAAAGCUCUGGACAGGGUUGGAAUCAAAAUUCUUUUCAACAAAGACCUUAUGCGAGCAGCUCACUGAAACUUUGCAGCACUUGGCUUGCCAGGUUCAGGAUGCUGAAAAAGAUAAGGAACUUUUCGAAGACAAACUAUCUGCAAGUUCAGUGGCUUUUGAUGGUUUAAAUGAUCAGAUGAAUGGUCUGUCUUUGAAAUUGGAGUCUGCGGAGGAAAGCAUAAAAAAUUAUGAGAAAGAGCUGAAGGAACUUAAAAUUCAGCAAGAGGAAAGGGAGCAGUUUCACAGAGAUGAGCAAUGCAAAACUGCCAAUCUCCUAGAGGAAAAAGAUGCUAUGAUCAAGCAGUUUGAAGCAACUGUAGCUGCUAGUAGGUUGGCCACAGAGAGCUUGAACUCUAAAUUGGAAGAAGUGCAUAUUGAGUUAAGAUUGAAAGAAGAUGAGUUUAAACAUUUGAUAGCUUCUCAAGAGAACUUGGAGAAAGAAAAGAGUCAUCUUCAAUUGAGCAAUGAUGAUUUUGCUAAACGAUUAGCCCUAUCACUCCACGAGAGAAAAAUAAUUGAAGAUUUGGUUCAAAAGUGGUCUGUAAAGUUGAUUGACUUGGAUAAACAAAGUUUGAAUUUUUCAGACAAGUUUGAUCAGCUAAACCACAUGAACUGCUCUUAUGUCAAGCUGGCUCAGCAGGAGAGAGACCUUGCUGCUAAGCAUUCUCAACAACAAUACGCUCAACUCCAUCGUACAUUCUUGUGCAUUGCAUCUGAAAAAGAUGCAUUACAGCUGAAAAAUCAGGUGUUAAACAAUAAGGUUGUUGAACUUCAGGAAGCCCACAAUUUUGUAACAGCACAGCUUGCAGAGGAAUGCCGCUUAGCAGGGGAGAAAAUUCAGACGUUGGAGUCAGAAGUAGAAAAUCUUGUCUCAAGGAAGAUCGACAAGGAGAUGUUAGUUACCAAGUUAGAGGAGAUUAUUAACACUCAAUCAGAAAGUUUGAAAUCAUCUGAGAAUAAAAUGAAAGAUUUAUUACUGAAAUUGUCAACACUAGAAACUGAGAACAAAGAUAAUACUGAGAAAUUACAAGCAGAGAUACUAAAAAGGGCAGAUAAAAUAGAAAUUCUGCAAAAGGAGGGUGAGAAGGAUAAGCAACAUGUAGAUUCAUUGGAGAAUCAAGUCAGCCAGCUCCAAAACAUCUUGCAGGAGAAGGAACAGCUUAUUCUGCAGUAUAAGGACAGAGUGAAGCAGCUGGAAGUUCAAAAUAUAGAGAAUCAGGCAUUGCUAGAUGCUGCUGAGAGUAAAAUUACAGAAACCAAGAAGCAAUACGAUCUGAUGCUUGAAACUAAACAAUUAGAGUUAUCAAGGCAUUUGAAGGAAAUAUCUCAGAGGAAUGAUCAGGCAAUUAAUGACAUCCGGAAGAAGUAUGAGGUGGAGAAAUUAGAGAUUAUCAAUCUUGAGAAAGAAAAGAUGGAUGAAGUUGUCAGGGAAAUGGAAAGAAAAUGUGACCAGAAACUUGCAGAAUGCAAAGAAGAAUCAAGGCUGUAUUUGAUGCACAUUCAAGAGGAACACACCAAUUUGAUCACUCGUAUUCAGCAAGAGCAUGAUAGAAAGGAGCUGAGUCUUAAAGCUGACCACAGUGAAGAGCUUAAACGUGUCCAGCUUCAAGCUGAAGAUGACUUGAGAGAGAAAACAAUUUUACUCAGAAAUGAGCAUGAAGUUCAGAUUAAAGUCUUGAGACACCAGCAUGAGGAUGAGUGCAAGAAGCUCCAAGAGGAAUUAGAUCGUCAGAAGUCCAGAGAAGACAGACAGAGAGCUUUAUUGCAAUUGCAGUGGAAAGUAAUGAGUGACAAAACACAAGAGGAUCCAGAAGUGAAUUCAAAAAAGGAUUACUCCAUUUCAUCAAUUAAGAUGAGAGACUCUAGUAACAGAAAAAGAAGUCAGUGUGCACUGGUAAGAGUGGAAAACAGAGAGAAGGAUUCACCUUUUCCGGGAGCAACACAAACACCAGUUUCAAACUUGUUGAAGAAAGUAGAGAACGUGAAUCCAGGAAGUGCAAUAAGUGUUCCCAAACAUAGUAAGAAGGUAACUCACCAUGAGUAUGAAGUUGAGACAACUAAUGGAAGAACAAUUACAAAACGAAGAAAAACAAAAAGUACAGUCAUGUUUGGGGAUCCAAGAAAACAUAAGAAGGCCAAUACACCCAAAGCCCAUACUCCCAGAACUAUUGUCAAGGAAAUUAAGGGAGAUAGGCAUCUACACCCUUCAAAUAUAGGCGAGUUAUUUUCAGAAGGCUCUCUUAAUCCAUAUGCAGAUGAUCCUUAUGCAUUUGAUUAGAGGGAGUUGAUAAUGCAAUGACAAAUAUUGAAGCUUCAGAGCAGACAAUUCGAAUGUGAUUCAUCUGACUGCCUCACUAUAUCUGGAGUAAAUGAACUUUGUCCUGCAUAAAGGAAUCGGAGUAGAAGAGUCUUCUAUUGCAUUAUUGUAAGACACGAGAUGUACUUGUUUUGUCUGGAUAACUGUCUUACUGCUGGUUUAGUUUGUUUAGACUAUCAGAUUCUAGAGAAUUUAAGAAAUUGUAUGGAGGGCAUAUUCUUGACUGCAGCAAAAUUGUAUUCCGUUGCAGUUGGCAUGGUGUGAUUUGACACCUUCAUUGGAUUUGGAUAUACAGGUAAGUACACAGGUGCGGCUAUCCAGAACUUGCCACUGUUUGGGUUGUGGACAUGACUAAUAUUUAGACAUUGCAGCUAAAUGACCACUAUGAGCAUUUAGGUUCCAACUGUUUUCAAGAAUUUGCAACAUUAUAUGAGAGACCGGAGUGGUUUGUGUCA